AUGUUUAGAAAUGUUGUGACUUUAAAACAAGGGCUGAAAACCUUUUCCAGGUUAUCCCAAAAAAGACAGAGUGUAAAAUGUGCCAAACCUACAUCAUUAGUUUCGACAAUUACUAGAAAGAUUAACAUCAAUAAUCCUUUUUCUCCUAUCCGCCAAUUUUCUCAAGCAUUCAAAAGAUCUAUCACGACCACCACCACCACCGCUACUACUGGAAGUACGACCGCACCAGUUAAAAAAGUUUUAAUUAAUUCCAAUAAAUAUGUUGGGUAUUGGUUGGUUGGUACUAGUGGCCUAGUUUUUGGUAUUGUAAUUUUAGGUGGGUUAACAAGAUUAACUGAAUCAGGACUUUCCAUUACUGAAUGGAAGCCAGUUACUGGUGCUAUUCCACCUUUAAAUCAAAAACAGUGGGAAGAAGAAUUUACUAAGUACAAGGAAUCACCAGAAUUUAAACAACUAAACUCCCACAUUGAUUUAGAUGAGUUCAAAUUUAUUUUCUUUAUGGAAUGGGGCCACAGGCUAUGGGGCCGUGGUAUUGGAUUAAUUUUCAUUUUACCCGCUAUUUAUUUUACAGCAACUAGGAAGACAUCUUCUCACGUUAAUCGUCGUUUACUGGGAUUAUGUGGAUUGUUGGGAUUACAAGGAUUUGUUGGCUGGUGGAUGGUCAAGUCUGGUCUAGACCAACAACAAUUGGAUGAGCGUAAAUCUAAACCAACCGUUUCACAAUAUAGGUUAACCGCUCAUUUGGGUGCUGCUUUUAUCCUUUAUAUGGGUAUGUUAUGGACAGGUUGGGAGAUUAUUAGAGAAUCCAAGUGGGUUAAAAACCCAGAAAAUGCCUUGAAAUUGUUUAAGCAGUUAGAUAAUCCUGCUUUGAAGCCAUUGAGAAAAAUGGCUUUGGGUAUGGUUGUUUUAACCUUUAUCACUGCUAUGACUGGUGGUAUGGUUGCUGGUUUAGAUGCUGGUCUAAUGUACAAUACAUUCCCACGUAUGGGAGAUGAUUGGCUUCCAAGCAAUCGUGAAUUGCUAGAUCCGUUUUAUGCCAGAAAAGAAGACAAAAGCGAUUUAUUCUGGAGAAAUAUAUUGGAGAAUCCAACUACUGUCCAAUUGAAUCAUAGGAUUUUUGCUAUAACAACUUUUUUUGCUGUUUUCGGUUUCCACAUGUAUGCCAGCCGUAACAAGCAUAUAAUACCUCGUCAUAUCAAUAGAUCUAUUCAUCUCAUGAUGGGUAUUGUAACUUUACAAUUUGCCCUGGGUAUUUCCACUUUAGUGUAUAUGGUGCCAAUUUCCUUGGCUUCUGCUCACCAGGCUGGUGCUUUAGCAUUAUUGACUAUCAGUUUAUUAUGUGCCUCUCAAUUACGUCAACCAAGAAUCCCUAUGAGAUUAUUGAUUGGUAAUUUAUACAAGAAACAAAUAUUGGAGCAACAACAACAACUAGCACGUGGUUCGAAAAUCUUGAAUGAGGUUUCCAAAUUGGCCAAAUAA